AUGCGCUGCCACAGAUGCCUCGAGAGGGGCCACACGAGGGCGACGUGCCCCGGUGAGGUGGACCGCAGCGGGAGAUGUUAUCGGUGUGGAGAGGCCGGUCACACCUCCCGCGGAUGCCGGUCUGCCCCUAAGUGUCCGCUCUGUACGGACAAGGGCAGACCGGCGGCACACGUGCUGGGUGCCAACAUCUGCACCCAGCGCAACGUGCGCGGACGCCCACCGGGCGCCCAAGGAAAGGCGCCGGUCACCGGGGCCCCUCCCCCGGCCGAAGCUCAGCCGGUGGCAGGGGACAAGGGGGAGUCGAGUGGCGGAGCGGGCGAGACGCCCAAACCGCGGCGUCAACCGCGCCAAGAGGCGCGCGAGGGAGGGGCCUCCGUGGAGGAGGCCAUGGAUGUAGAGGCCCCAUCGGACGGGGGGGAUAAGGCUUAG